AUGGCGUCGUUGAGCCGAGAGAUUGUGGUUCUUAUACUGCAAUUUCUCAAGGAAGAGAAUUACAUGGAGGCUAUGCACAGGCUCGAGAAAGAGUCGGGAUUCUUCUUCAAUACAGAGUAUUUUGGUGAGAAAUUUCUUGCUGGAGUAUGGGAUGAAGUUGAGACGUACUUGUCAGGUUUUACCAAGCUUGAUGAUAACAGACACUCAACGAAGAUAUUCUUUGAGAUUAGGAAGCAAAAGUAUCUUGAGGCUCUUGAUCGGCAAGAUAUAGCAAAAGCAGCCGAGAUACUUUACAACGAUCUGGCAUUCGUCUCCACUUCCAACGAGGGAGUCUACAAAGAAAUUACUCUACUUUUAAAUUUGCCAAACUUCAGGUUAAAUCCGCAGCUUUCCACAUAUGGAAACACUCAAAAUGCUCGGAGCAUAGUGUUAGGAGAAGUUAAAAGACUAAUCGAAGCGAAUCCUCUUUUUCGUGAGAAAUUGAUGUUCCCUACCUUGAGCUCUUCGAGACUGCGGACUCUGAUUAAUCAAAGUCUUAAUUGGCAGCACAGUUUUUGCAAGAAUCCUAGACCAAACACACAUAUUAAAACUCUAUUCACAGACCACACGUGUCCAAACCCAAAUGGUGGUGCUGCUGCUAAUGCUGGUGCUUUAGAUAAUUGGAUGGCCGAUGAGUCAGCAGACAAACCACAACCUCGGCAAUUAGCUGAAAUCUUGGACCCUUCCCAUUGUCGCCAGCUUACUUUACCGGAUACCACUGGUUCUUCCACAAAGGUCGCUCGGCUUCUGUAUAUGAAUUCGGCCGUUGGAAUCUUGGCACUAGGUAUUGAUGGUAUCCAGAGACUAUGGAAAUGGGUUAAAAUUGAGGAGAACCCUCGUGGAAAGGCAACCACUAAUGUUGCUCCUCAACUUUGGCAACCAGACAGUGGUCUUCUCAUGACAAACGAUGUCUCUCGUGUAAACCUUAAAGGGUCUACUCCAUGUAUUGCUCUCGCUAAGAACGACUCAUACGUUAUGUCGGCUGUUGGAGGAACAGCCUCGCUGUUCAACAUGGUGACUUUUGAGGUGAUGACAAAAUUCUUACAGCGUCCACCAGCAUCAACAUUUUUAGCGUUUUAUCCUCAAGACCAAAACAUCAUCGCCAUUGGAAUGGAGGACUCCAUGAUUCACAUCUACAAUCUCCAAACGGAUGUGAUCAUAGCAAAGCUAAACGGUCACAAAGAACGCAUCACCGGCUUAGCAUUUUCUACAACCCUAAACAUAUUGGUUUCAUCUGGUGCUGAUGCACAGUUAUCCGUUUGGAGCUUAUACACAUGGGAGAAGAGGAAAUCAGUUGCAAUACAAAUGCCAGCAGGCAAACCCGCCAGUGGAGACACACGGGUUCAGUUUCAUGUCGAUCAGAUCCAUGUUCUGGCAGUCCAUGAGACGCAACUGGCGAUAUUUGAUGCUUCCAAGAUGAAUUGUGUCCGACGGUGGAUUCCACAAGACUCGUUGUCUGCUCCUAUAUCUUCAGCAGUGUUUGCAUGCAACAGCAAGUUGAUCUACACCGCUUUCCGUGAUGGUAACAUUGGAGUGUUCGACGCAGACAGUCUCAGAUUAAGAUGUCGUAUCUCUCCAUCCGCCUACUUUCCUCAAGGGAGCCAAGGCUUGUCUCCUCUAGUUGUGGCGGCUAACCCGAAAGAUCCAAACCAGUUUGCAAUUGCUUUGAACGAUGGGUCAAUUAAGGUGAUUGAACCGACAGAGGCUGAAGCCAUGUAG